AUGGCCUCCAUGAUUACCCUCCAAGAUAUCCUCGAGGCCCGUCAGACCGUCGGCAACCAGAUCGUCCAAACCCCGACCCUCGCAUCGCCCAAGUACUCGGCCAGGACCGGUGUCGAUGUCUGGUUCAAGUACGAAAUCCUGCAGACUACCGGCUCGUUCAAGGUCCGCGGCGCGCUCAACCGCAUUGCGGCGCUCGAUGCCGAGGGACGUCGCCGAGGCGUGGUCGCGGCCUCCGCCGGCAACCACGCACAGGGAGUGGCCUAUGCCGCCGCCCAGCUCGACAUCCCGGCCACUAUCGUCAUGCCCGAGGCCACCCCUCAGGUCAAGGUGCAGAACACCCAGGCCCACGGCAAAGCCAUCGAGAUCGUGCUCUUCGGCGACAGCUUCGACGCCGCCUACGACCACGCCCUCGAGCUUCAACGCAAGAGUGGCGCGAUCUUCAUCCACGCUUACAACGAUCCGCUGAUCGUCGCCGGCCAGGGCACCCUGGGGCUGGAGCUGCUCGAACAAGUCAAAGACCUCGAAGCGGUCAUCGUGCCGAUCGGCGGCGGCGGGUUGAUCUCCGGCAUCGCCACCGCCGUGCGUGAGCAGAACCCUGAAGUAAAGAUCUACGGCGUCCAGACCGAAUCCGCUCCAGCGGUACAGCAGAGCUUUGCCGGCGGCCAGCUGAUCGACUACCCCAGCCAGCCUUCGAUCGCCGACGGCAUCACCGUCAAGCGGCCAGGUUCGAUCACCUUCGAGAUCAUCCGCCGGCUGGUUGAAGACGUGGUGUUGGUCAGCGAGCCGGAGAUCGAGCGGGCACUGAUCGACUUGCUCGACACCGGCAACUGCCUGGUCGAAGGCGCCGCCGCCGCCGGCGUGGCAGCUCUCGAAGGCCCGCUGAAAGAACGACUCCAUGGGCGUCGAGUCGCCGUCGUGCUGUGCGGCGGCAAUAUCGAUCUCGCCGCCCUCGACCUCCUGUUGCAGCGCGGCCUGGCCCGGCGCCAGCGACUGGUGCGGUUGCGGGGCACGGUCGAUGACCGGCCAGGCGGCUUGUACCUCUUCCUCAAGGUGAUCGCCGAGCAGAAAGGCAGCGUGGUGCAUGUGGUCCACGACCGGGUGUUCGGCGAGUCCCGCUUCGGCAAGGCCGAGCUCGAGGUGAUCCUCGAAGUCCGCAACCGGCGCCACAUCGAUCGCCUGCUCGAAGCCUUGCGCGAAGCCGGCCACGAGGUCGAAGAGCUCUCGCUCGGUCCUCAAGUCCCGAGCUAG